AUGCUGAUUCGUCCGAUCUACAUGAUGUCCAUUCUGAUGGCGCCUUUGGUGCUCCACGGCUUGACCAGCUAUAAGCGAGGCCUCUCACUGGACCAACUCGAGUAUCGCCUGGCCAAGCCAUCGGAUGUCCCUCUAUGUGAUAGGGUUCAACCCAAGGCUGGACUAUACGUAGCUGUUGAGCCGAGAGGGAACAGCGUCGUCGCAUCUGUUGAAUUCGGCCUUGUCGACGUGCCCGAGCGGAAUUGGGUGUAUUUGCCUUAUUUCUGUGUCAAGGAGGACUGGAAGGGCUCGGCGGUCGGUGGUCGUUUGCUCAAGAGACUAUUGGUUUACGUUCACAGUGUAGGGCCACAAGUGGAAUCAGUGUCCAUAACGAUGGGCACUACUAACGACGGGGAGUUAGCGGCGGCUGAGGAGGCGGGCUUCGACUCACAAUGUGAGUACAGCGACUUCAAGAGGAGCAUCAUCCAUUCUUGCCUUCCGCAGUUCUGGAUGAUUAUCCCGGAUGGGCCGCGCAAACUUAUUGGUAUCCCUCCGAUACAGUGGUCGCCACGGUUGGCCGGACCAGUAGUGGUGGAUCCUUACCACUAA